UUCUAUUUAAAUGCCAGAAAGAUUGGGUCUAUUUCCAAGAGGGCUUCUGACAUCUGAGAUUGGCAAGGGCACAAAAUGACAUGAGCAUUUCUCGGCAGAAUUCCAAAGUCAGGCAAGAUUUUUCCAAGCACCUACUAUGUUCAAAACACCUUGCAGAGAUGUCUUGGAGAAUCUGAAGUUCUGGCUUACCCCUCAAAACUUUGAAAGCAAUGGCUGAAAAGGAAAGAUGAGCAUCUUGAGGCUUCCUCUGGAAAUGGUUGAGGUUCGCCACAACAAUUGGCAAGUUUGGCUUUUUCCAUCAAAAUUUGCUGUCUUCAUGUGCUGUCCAGCAUCUACUGCAGGUCAGAUGGAGCUUAGGAAGGCAAGGGAGCCUAGUAAUAAACGGGUCAAACCCCUUUCCAGAGUCACAUCACUAGCAAACCUCAUCCCACCCGUGAAGGCCACCCCGUUAAAGCGCUUCAGCCAAACCCUGCAGCGUUCCAUCAGCUUCCGCAGCGAGAGCCGCCCCGACAUCCUCGCCCCCCGACCCUGGUCCAGAAAUGCCGCCCCCUCAAGCACGAAGCGGAGAGACAGCAAGCUGUGGAGUGAGACCUUCGAUGUGUGCGUCAAUCAGAUGCUUCCGUCCAAGGAAAUCAAACGUCAGGAGGCAAUCUUUGAGCUUUCCCAAGGAGAAGAAGACUUGAUAGAAGACUUGAAAUUGGCAAAAAAGGCCUAUCAUGACCCCAUGCUGAAGCUCUCCAUAAUGACAGAACAAGAGUUGAAUCAAAUUUUUGGAACACUGGACUCUCUCAUUCCUCUACACGAAGAGCUCCUUAGUCAACUUCGAGAUGCUCGGAAGCCUGAUGGCUCCACUGAACAUGUCGGUCCCAUCCUCGUGGGCUGGCUGCCUUGUCUCAGCUCCUACGACAGCUACUGCAGCAAUCAAGUCGCUGCCAAAGCUCUGCUGGACCACAAAAAACAAGACCACCGAGUCCAGGAUUUCCUCCAGCGAUGUUUAGAGUCCCCUUUUAGCCGCAAGCUAGACCUCUGGAAUUUUCUUGAUAUUCCAAGGAGCCGUCUAGUGAAAUACCCUCUGCUUCUUCGGGAAAUCUUGAGGCACACCCCAAAUGAUAAUCCAGAUCAGCAGCACCUGGAGGAAGCUAUAAACAUCAUUCAGGGAAUCGUGGCAGAAAUCAACACCAAGACUGGGGAAUCUGAGUGCCGCUAUUAUAAAGAGCGGCUUCUUUACUUGGAAGAAGGCCAGAAAGACUCUCUCAUCGACAACUCGAGAGUGCUGUGUUGUCAUGGAGAACUGAAGAACAAUCGAGGCGUGAAACUACAUGUUUUCCUGUUCCAAGAAGUGCUUGUGAUCACUCGAGCUGUCACCCACAACGAGCAGCUCUGCUACCAGCUGUACCGGCAGCCGAUCCCUGUAAAGGACCUUCUGCUGGAAGACCUGCAGGACGGAGAAGUGAGGCUGGGCGGCUCCCUGCGCGGGGCAUUUAGCAACAAUGAGAGAAUUAAAAACUUCUUCAGAGUAAGUUUCAAAAAUGGUUCCCAAAGUCAGACCCACUCACUACAAGCCAACGACACCUUCAACAAACAGCAGUGGCUCAACUGCAUUCGUCAAGCCAAAGAAACAGUUUUGUGUGCUGCCGGGCAGGCUGGGGUGCUGGACUCCAAGGGACCGUUCCUAAAUCCUGCCACAGGGAGCCAGGAGCCACAGGGAGAAACAAAACUUGAGCAGAUGGACCAAUCGGACAGUGAGUCAGACUGUAGUAUGGACACGAGCGAGGUCAGCCUCGACUGUGAGCGCAUGGAACAGACAGACUCUUCCUGUGGGAACAGCAGGCACAUCGAAAGCAACGUCUGACAGAGGCAUGUGUACUUCCUAGAAGUAGCCCUGUGUCUUACCUGUACAGUAUUUGCAUUCCAUACAUGGAACGGUUUGGAGAAGCACUUUUUAAUACUUUUGUGACCGUGUUGAACCCUGUCUCUUGUAUCUGUAUCUGUGUCCCUAGUACUGUAACUGCCAAUCUGUGUAAGCUGGGGUCUGUGGCAACUCUUACUCUGUGUUGCAUUUCACAGUGUCUGGAUGGAUGGAGAGGUACUUGAACAAGUUACUUUCACUUGUCCUGCUGGAUUUUAAAAAAUAGAAAAGAAUCUCUAAACUACUGUUUCAUGUAGAUUGCUUAAAAAGAAAUCCUCCCGUGUUUCUCUAGUGCUUUUCUAGCUCUUUGACAUGAUAGCUGAAGGCAUGGGACUUACAGGGCCUGGCAAACAGGGCAGGAGGAAGUUUCUUGUGUAUCAUGAUGGUAUUUGCAGGAAAACGGGAAAAGAUCAAUCCUUGCAAGUGAAUUUGGUUCAAUGUUAUCCAACCAGAAGGCAUGAAAACAUCCCUGGGGAUUCUGGACGCCAAUCUAUUAGGACGUGGAAUAGUGUCUAACCUGAAAAGGACCAGCAUGAAAGCAGCUGCACGCUCUGAAUCUUGAACUGAAAUGCAGUUGCACCAGGGGGUGUCGUAGUUGCUGGCUUGCCUUAGAGAGCCAUUUCUAGCCUGAGACACCAGAAUAGAACUCAAAAGGACUGGGAAUACCUGACAGGCUAAUAAGAAGGGCCAUCAUCAUUGUGUUUCAUGUGCCAAGGCUUACUCAUAUUUUGGAGCAUUGAGGAGACCGCAGGUGAGUCAGUGGCUCUGUUUCCAGAAACAUGUGAGAAGACUUUGGAAGAAGUGCUUCAUCAUGACCUUAGGCAGGAAACAGUAAGAGAAAAGUGAGGUCCAGUGCCCUUCUGGGAAAGGCCAGAGCCUUGGGUUUUCCUGCUCUGCUUUUGGGUCUCUGGCUCUGUGCUGUGAUCAGAGUCAUAAUUAUAUUCUCCAUAGGCCAAUUUUAAUUAACUCUAUGAUUAAUUAGGAUCAGUUAGCCAAACUAGUAACCUCUUUGUCUAGCCUUGAUUUAUAAUGCAGGGUGGACUGCCGACCUUUAAAAAGAGUUACCUGGAUACACAGAAAAGCUCCCUGUGAGUGUAAAUAUUAAGGAUGACCUGUGCAAAAUUAUUCCCACACCAGCACUAGUAGUAAUGAUUCUAAAUUAUUGCCAAAAAGUUUUUUUUAAUCUUCUGUGUCUUUCGAGUUUACAGAAAGCAGUAAAUGCUAUGUUAUCAUUUUAUUAUGUACAUCUAACAUGUGCAUUCAAAGAAGCCGUGUGACAAGAUGUAUCAAUAUAAAAACAAGGUAAUAUUACUUAUUUUUCAAAAAUGAAAAAAUAUUGUGGUCAAUUUUACCCUGUAAAACAUAUUUCUGUAUUUAUAGAUUUUAAACAUGGUGAAUUUUUUUUCUAUUAUGAGUUUAUUUAAAAUUGCUUUGUUUCUCAAACUGUUACUGAUUUAGCAAGUGAAUGAACUGCUGCAGAUUGCAGAUAGAAACAGACAUAAGCUGAGACCCGAUGUUUGAUGGUGGGGGAAAGAGUGAAUCAUUCUCUGCAGGAGCCAUCGGCCACUUUGGCCAGUGUGUUGAGACAAGAGGUCUGUUAAGUGCUGGCCUAUGGGAAAAAAGUGAAUGUUUUGGUGAAAUGAAUGUUUUGUAUAAUGGCCUUAAACUUUUCUGGAAGCAUUUCAAAUAAAUUACAUUAAAAUGUCA